AAUGCGCCAGUGAAGGCAGCGACAGAUGACCGCCCCCACUGCUGCCGAACAGGAGCGACAGACUGCGGGCUAAGUUUGUCCGCCCUGGCUUCCCAUCACCAGUCGACGGGGCUUUGUUUCAUUGAUGCACUUAACAGUUGGUUUCGCUUUAAAUUCACAGUCAAGAGCGUUGGUGAUAUUUUGGCCAAGUUGUAAAGACAGUGAAGAAAGAGGGAAGGAGCGAGAGGGAAAGUGCGGCUGAGCGGACGUUGACACUUCGCUCUCAUGUUUGCUACUUGUUGAAUAACUCAGGCUGUGUGAACACAAAACAACGCUGGAGCCUUUGUGGGCAGCGUGUUGUGAACAGUGGUCUGGAUCACCAUGACGAAGUGAUGGCAGAGCUGGAGAUCGACCAGUCCAACCUUCCACGUGUCCAACAAGUGUGCCAGAGUUUUGCUGUGCUGGAGGAUGGAGCGUUGGCACACAACCUGCAGGAGCAGGAGAUUGAGCAGCACUACACCACCAACAUCCAAAAGAACCAGCUAGUGCAGAAUGACAUCCGUGUAGCCAAGAGGCUGCAGAAUGAGGAGGAGGCGCAGCGGGCCCAGCAGAGCGCCCUUCUCAGACAGACUUCCAAACAACUAGAGGAGCAGGACUUUGAGUACGCCCGUGUCAUUCAGGAGGAGAUCCAGCGGUGUGCUGAGGAGGCCCGGAGGAGGGAGCAUGAAGAUGAGGAACUAGCUAAACGGAUGCAGGAGGAGGAGGAUCAGAGGAUCAGGUGGAGGAACAGAGGGCAGGAGGGCCACAGUGAAGGCAGCAGCGACGAAUCUGAACUGCCAUCCCCACACCAGCACACACUCAGUAGCCUUCACCAAGGAGAGGAGCAGUACUCACCUACCACCACCAGGUGGAACUAUUCUACCUCUCACAACCAUUCAGACAUAGCUGGGCCUAGGGCUGUGUCCCCCAGAGGGGAAGCAGCUCAGACAGACACAACUUCAUGGUCAAACCAAGGACACAGAGAUCCCAUUAGGCACAUCAGAAGUGAACCAAGAGAGCCUCUUAGUGAGGAUUCAGAGGAUUCAGACACAGUUUUUUCUGAACAGCUCUCUGUCUGCUAUCAGAGACUGAAUGAAAGACUCAACACAGCACCUCAUCGAUCGCGGGCCUCUUUACAUCACCCGCAAGAGAGAAGCUACAGAAGUUUUAGCUCUCGCAGCAGCUUCACAGAUGAGCUCAGAGGCUUGGAGGAGGAGAGAGGAGAGGGGCAUGAGGACUAUUAUGGCAACUGUGACCUAGAAAAGAGGAAGCCUAAGAAAUGGGACCAGGAAAGGAACCAUAGGGAGGAGCCUGAGGGUUGGCACGGGAGCAGAGAUCAGGAUACAGAUUCGAGGUUGGUUGAGGUUAGAGAAAGGCGACAUAGUCGUAGUGAAUCUGUCAGAUUACAUGACAGGAGUAGACAUGGAAGCAGAGACUUAGCCAGGACCUGGAGCUACAGGGACAAUCCUAACAAACAUGUCCACUUUCAGGACGAUACCAGAAACUCUAGCAGACAGCAGGAUGAAAGCAGCCGAGUCUGGGCAAUGCUAGGCCAGGUCCUUAGAGAGAGGGGUGUGCCUGUGAGGUUUGGCAGACCCAACGGGGCACCUGUGCAAAUACCACCUCAAAGCAGAAAUGGCCAGGUGCUUCAUGGGAGUGAGGUCUCCUGUGGCGACUCCCAACCACAUCAGAGGGUUUUCCACAGAGCUGCCCCUGCCAGGCACAGUUUCCAUGGAGAUAUGAGGGAGAGGGGGAGAUCAUCAUACCGAGAGAGCAGUGGGAGAGAUCACAGAGAAGACCGAGACAGGCACCAUGAUAACGUGGAGAACAAUGGAGAGGUUUAUGAGAGUAGUAGUAGUAGAGACUCAUACCUUGCUAACAAAGAAAGGCAAGGCAGUAGAAGGCGGAGAGAGCACGGAUACAACGAUGAUUACGAAUGGAAGAGGAAUAUAAAUAAUUACAAGGUCAAGAGGAAAACAAGCCAACACAGGCAUUGGCACAAGACCAUAGAAGAAAGGUUAAGCUCAGAGGAGGAGGAGGCGGAGACCAGAGAACAGCGGCCCCGUCCAAGAGCCCCCCAGCGUAGCCAAAGCCUCAGCAGUAGUGGGGCUUCACCCAGGGAUAGGUCAAGGCACAUGGCAGCAGGUGAGUCACUGCCAUGUGAGGUGAGCCUGGACCUACGGGAAUUGCAGCAGGUCCUACAAGAUGAAGAACUGGCUCGCACGCUGCAGGAGGAAGAGGAAAAGCUGUUGACCAAGAACUCCCAGCCUUCCCCAUGUAGUUCCUACCCAGAGGAAGACUUCAGAGUAGCACAAGUGGCACAGGAUGAGGAAAUUGCACGUUUUAUGCAGAAGCAGGAAAUUAAGGCAAAGAGUCGAUCUCGUGAGCUAGAAGGGCCAGCAUCAUGGCGCGAGCACCAAGCAAAAAUCAGUCACCAGGACAGACAGGCUUCAAGAGAGAGACAGGUUCAGCGAGAGAGACUCGACUCAGAAGGUCUUCCUUCCCCAACUGAGGACUGCUCCCCAGAGAACCAGCCACCCAGGCCCACCUCCCCUAUACCACAAAGCCAGCAGAUCAGGAACAUUGCAGAGGAGCUGGACCCAACCUUCCAGGCUAGAAGGCAGGGCACAGAGAGCCUCCAAGUGGGACAAACAGGCCCUACUUGUCAUUCACUUCCUAUGCCGCAGUCUGGCUUACACGACUUCCUUGAGGAGCCUGCUUUCAUCCCACCCACAAAGCGCCAAACAGACAAAUCAGCACGUGUUAAACCCAAAGAGAAGAGAGAGAAUUGCAAGCAACAGUAAUAUCCAGCACGUUUUGUUCAAAUAUACUUUAUAACACUAAAUAUUCAACUACAUAGUUCUUGUUACUUUAAGGAUUAAAAUGGCAAGAAUGAAGUUCUACCAUAUUGGCACUUUAGCUCAGUGGAAAUGAGAGAAUUGAGAAAGUGACAUUUUAGAAUAUCUCUUGAUAAGAUGAAUAAUGACAACAUCUUGGACUUUGACAUUUUCAAAUGGAAGAUUGAGAUUGAUUGAAGCAUUGUUCAGAUUCAGUAUUAAGUAUUUAAUUUAAACAGUAACAGUAAUAUAAACUUUAUUAUAUCUGCACCUUUGAUUUGUCAUUAACCAGUAGACCACAAGCAUCUAAAGCAGGUUUGUGUUUAUAUUUAAGAUCUGCAGAGAUUUCCACACACCUGGUGUUUUUUUUUUUUUUUUAACCCCUUUCUUUUUGAGAUUAUGCUUAAAAUUCUUUCUAUAUCAUAUGUACUGAAGGAAAUAACCAAGUUCUAAUGAAUUGAUACAGGUUUAGCAUCAGUUCAGCAUUGUCUAAAUGUAGUGUAAUAUUAGGGGCUUUUUUUUUUUAUUUGGUCGACAUCCUGAGCUGUACACUAUUCAGGAUGUACUAAGAUUUCACCCACAGCUUUGACAAAGGAACAUUUGACUAUGUGAUAACCCUUGAACUAGAGUGACGCAGAUAUGCACAUGCGGGGUGUGUGCCAGAUGAGUGUCAGGGCUCCAUGGAGAUGGUUGAAAAGCCAAGUUACAUUAUGUUAAAAUGCUUUGUACUAUCCAGAUGUAAAUAUAUCACAUUUAUUAGAGCAUGGAUGUUUAUUCUUGAUCCUUAGGGGAGUACUGUGUGAUCCCUAUUAACAUUGCUCUUAACCUCACCAGCCACUUUAUUAGGUACGCCUGUACAAUUGUCUGCUGUUCAAUGCAACACUUUUGCCUUGUGAAUCUC